CCCCGUGAACAGCUGGUGUGAUUAUGACGGGGCAGCGCCAGCGACAUCUCAGCGCGUUAAGGUACCAAUAAUACCCACUAGGGAGCUGAAGAAAAACGGCUGUUGCGCAGAGAGUGACUAUGAAAACUCGUGCUCAAGAGCUUGGAGCAGAGAAACAUCGAGCCCUUUCAAAUGGAUCAAUAGAAGGACUUGAUAACUUGGAAUCUGGAUCCCUUGGAGGAGUGAGCGCACUGAAGAAAACUCCGCGAAGCUCCCGGGAUGUUUCCAGACGCAUAGAAAGGUCCCUCAUCACACCUAAGUAUGGUCCUGACUGAGAAUGGAACCUCUGGCUCCGGUUACGUCCCUCACUACCUCCUCCAGGGCGACCCUUUCGCCUCCAAACUGUCGAAAGAGGCAGACAUUGUAGCCGCUGUUUACAUCUGCAUUAUAGGGGUCAUGUCAGCCACUGGGAAUGGAUAUGUCCUCUACAUGUCCGUCAGACGGAAGACAAAGUUGAAGCCCCCAGAACUCAUGACUGUGAAUUUAGCGCUCUUUGACUUUGGCAUCACAGUCACAGGGAAGCCCUUCUUCGUGGUGUCCAGCUUCUCCCACCGGUGGAUCUUUGGCUGGGAGGGCUGCCGCUACUACGGCUGGGCGGGGUUCUUCUUCGGCUGCGGCAGCCUCAUCACCAUGACUCUGGUGAGCCUCGACCGCUACCUGAAGAUCUGCCAUCUUAGAUACGGGACUUGGCUGAAGAGGCAUCACGCUUUCCUCGCCAUGGUGUUCACCUGGCUGUACGCCUCGUUUUGGGCGACCAUGCCGCUGGUGGGGUGGGGCAACUACGCCCCGGAGCCUUUCGGCACUUCCUGCACUCUGGACUGGUGGCUGGCUCAGGCGUCCGUGUCCGGACAGUCCUUCGUCAUGUGCAUACUCUUCUUCUGCCUCAUCUUCCCCACCGUCAUCAUCGUCUUCUCUUACGCCAAGAUCAUCUGCAAGGUCAAGGCGUCCGCCAAGGAGGUCUCCCACUAUGACACUAGGAACAAAAGCAGCCAUAUUCUGGAAAUGAAAUUAACGAAGGUGGCAAUGUUGAUAUGCGCUGGUUUUUUAAUAGCCUGGAUCCCAUAUGCUGUGGUGUCGGUGUGGUCUGCAUUUGGGGCACACGACUCAAUCCCUAUUCCAGUGUCUGUAAUACCUACCCUGCUAGCCAAGUCGUCAGCCAUGUACAACCCCAUCAUCUACCAGGUCAUCGACUGCAAAAACGCCUGUAUCAAAGGGUCCUGUUUCAAAGCUUUGAAGAAACGGAAGCACUGCAACAGUUCAAGGUUUCACUCCAUUUCGGGUUCGAUUAAAGACUUGCCUCCGGACGGGGGUCGUGUUGAAAUGCAGAAAGGAGCCGGGUUGUGCUCAUCCUAACUGAGACUUGGGGGCCUGUUUCCGAAAACACCUGACUCCACCCCUUUCGCUGCUUGUCCAAUCACAAUUCAGGGUUAAGCUACACACCUAUCCUGUUCCCUUUUGCUGUAAAGUGUUUAUUUUAGAAAAUGGUUUUAUAUAUUCUCAUUGUGUACAUAAAAUAUAAUGGUAUUUCUUGUUAAUGGAUUUGCACCUGUAACUAAUACCAGUGGUUUAACAAGAACAGUAUCUUAUUUUGUAUAGAUGGUCUUAUCUAACUUUCACAAUUUGUAUAUUUUUGUAUGUACAUAUAUCUAUAUCUGCAAACGGUUAGCAUACAGUGUAUCUGCAAAUGUGCAUUUUCAGUGCAGGCUGUAGCCUACACUGCACACACGAAGUGACUGGUACUGUGACUUAGGCAGGCUAUUGAACCUGUAUAGCAGGUUCAGAAACAUAAACUUGUAUAGUAGGGGAGUCACUUUUCCACCACGGUCCAAGUACUCAGCAAAGAAGUUUAAUCCUUCACCUGACUUUUGCACCUGGGCAAGAUCAUACAUCUCCUGAAAAUCAUGAGGCACUGAUGCUUUAAGAUUAUAAGAUGGCUUCGUUGAAUGUGCAGGUAUCAUUUUCAUGGGGAUCGAUGACCAAGGGGCUUUUAAUAUCUGGGGUCUACUUGUAAGCCCAGAUUUGAUAGAAUUAAUGGCCCUUCUUUACCAGACAAUAAAGUCCAAGUCUCCACAGCACCCCAGAAAGAAAGAAAGAAAGAAAGAAAGAAAAAGAAAAAAUUAUGAAAGCAUUAAAACAUUUUUACCUUUUUUAAAAGGAGAGAUUG